AUGGAAACACAGAUUCAAAUAGCAAGAGAUUUGUUAACACAGAAAAAGUUUGCCGAAGCUGCCAAACGCUGCCAACAAACCCUAGACACUUACCCCAGGAAUGGUGGGUUGCCCGAUCCUGAAUUGUUUACCAUCUUUGCGCAGGCUGUGUACAACAUGGAGGUGGAGAAUUCUGGUAGUCUGUUUGGGGACGCUCUUAUGGCAGGGGACGAUGGCUCUGAGUCUGAAUCUGAGUCUGAUGUGAGCGAUGGUGAUGAGGGAAGCGAGAAUGGGCAGCCGGAAAUCCCUAACUCCAGGAUGUUCCAAUUCGACCAAGAAGAGGAAGACUUGACCGGUGAUGUCAAUGGCAGUGACAGUGAUGGUAGUGACGAGAGUAGUGAAGAGGAGGAAGGUGAGGAAGAGGGAAGUGCGAAAGGUGAGGAAGAGCAAUCAGCUUUACAAGCACUGGUUGACUUCAGCCCAUUAAAGGAACAUGACGAUGAAAUCGAAGGCGUAUCACAACUUCGUAAAUCUAAUUUUCACGUUUACUUUGAGAAUGACCUUUACGAAAAUGCUCUGGAUCUACUGGCACAGGCAUUGAUACUACUGGGCCGUUCUACAGCAGAUGGCAAACCUUUGGCCGAUAUAAACAGAUCACGUAUUGGCGAUGUGUAUAUUCUGAUGGGGGACAUCGAAAGGGAGGCAGAGAUGUUUAAUAGGGCCAUUCGCCACUAUACGAAGGCCUUGGGCUAUUACAAGACAUUACAAGUCACGGAAGAGGUGAGUGCCAAAGCUAUACACGCAGAGUUUCUGGUAUGCGAUGCCCUAAGGUGGGUCGACCAGGUACCUGCGGAGGAGAGGCUAAAAAGAUUCAAGCACGCCAAGACCCUGCUUGAACAAUACAUUGCUACGAGUCCCAGGGACUUGGAGUUACAGCAGGCAAGGCUGGCGCAGAUCCAAGAUGACAUCGAUGAAGUGCAAGAACAGCAACAGCACCAUCGCUCCAAGAGACCUCUUCCACAAACCACGACCUCCAUCGGCUUCCCAGCUCUCAAAAAGCCCCUUGAUGACUUCAACGAUCUCUCUCGACUGGUCAAGAAGAAGCCCAGAAAGCAUUGA